AUGACCGUUACAAUGUCAGAAGUUGAAUUGCGAUUGUGUUGUAAAGGUACUGUACAAUACGGUUUUCCAGUGUUUCCUUGUUUACAGGAAACGUUGGUUUCUAAAUCAAAUUUUGUUUCAUUUCUAGAAUCUUCAAGAGAUCAUCUGAAUCUCUUCAGUAAUCGACAACAGCCAAAGAAAAAGAGAAAAUCCAGGACUGCUUUUACAAAUCAUCAAAUAUUUGAACUAGAAAAGAGAUUCUUAUAUCAAAAAUACUUAUCACCAGCAGACAGAGAUGAAAUCGCUCAAUCGCUGGGUCUUACUAAUGCCCAAGUCAUAACAUGGUUUCAGAAUCGGAGAGCAAAAUUGAAGAGAGAUAUGGAAGAAUUGAAGAAAGAUGUUACAGCUGCUAAGAUUCAACCCAUUCACUCAGCUUUACUCGACAAUAUAGAAGAUCUCACUUUGUUAAAAAAGGAACUACAUAAAAAGACUAAUUGACCAUUGUGUACAUAUUUUACUU